UGGCCGAGACAAAGUCCCGACCUUAAUCCGAUUGAACACAUGUGGGAUGAGCUUGAACGUCGUAUUCGAGCGAGAACAAAUAGUCCAAAGAAUUUGGGAGAAAUAGAGUCAUUUAUUCAGGAGUGCUGGUCACAAAUUCAAUGUGAGAUGUAUCAAAAACUUGUCGAGAGUAUGAAUCGUUGA